UAGACACACUCUCGGCUUCUCUCCUUCAAGCUCAAAACCCACGCAGUGCACAGCUCAUCUCUCUCUCUCGGUCGAUUCUCUUCUUCUCCUUCACGCUCAACAAGUAGUCAUCUCUCCCUCGGUUGGCAUCUCAAGUGAAAUUUGGUGAUAAUCAUGCCGGACGUGCAGGUCCUUGUGAAUGAUUUCCUUAACAACCUUAAAAAACGUAAAAUUGAGGGCUCGCAGGCCACAGCAAGGCAGACGGCCGAAUUGCUUCGGUCGGUGAUUUCACAGCAGCGAGUGUCGUACACAAACCAGGCUGGAGCUUUGAUGGAUGCUGUAAGGGCAGUUGGGGAGCUGCUGAUUGCUGCAAAUCCUGUGGAGCUUGCUGUCGGUAAUAUUGUGAGGCGUGUUUUGCACAUUAUUAGGGAGGAGGAUCUAUCUCUCACAACGGCUGCUAUUGCUGGUUUGGGCGUAUCCGCUAUUAGUGAUGAUGAUGAUGAUGCUGAGCACAAUGAUCAUCCAGUUCUAUCAGCUGCUUCUCUUGCUGCUGCUGCAAGAAGCACUUUGCGUCCACCUUCCUUGCAGACCCUUCUUGAGGAUGUGCCUGACUCAGCAGCUGUUCCUCACACUUCUUCCUCUGGGGGUGAUUCUGAUGGAAAAAGCAGAUCUGCUGAUAAAAGUUCAAGAACUCGGAAGCUGAAGCACGAUGUCAUUGAAGCGGUAAAUGAACUCAUUCAAGAUAUUACCACUUGCCAUGAACAGAUUGCCGAGCAAGCAGUAGAGCACAUUCAUCAAAAUGAGGUCAUAUUAACUUUAGGAAGUUCAAGAACAGUAUUAGAAUUUCUUUGUGCAGCAAAAGAGAAAAAGAGAUCAUUUAGGGUGUUUGUUGCUGAGGGUGCUCCAAGGUAUCAGGGACAUCUUCUUGCAAAGGAAUUGGUCACAAGAGGUUUACAAACCACACUGAUUACUGAUUCUGCAGUUUUUGCCAUGAUUUCCCGGGUGAACAUGGUUAUAGUUGGAGCACAUGCUGUCAUGGCCAAUGGUGGGGUCAUAGCACCUGUUGGGUUGAAUAUGGUUGCACUUGCAGCUCAGAGGCAUGCAGUCCCUUUUGUUGUACUUGCUGGCACUCACAAGCUGUGUCCUCUGUAUCCACACAAUCCUGAGGUCUUACUGAAUGAGCUGAGAUCCCCAUCUGAGCUGCUGGAUUUUGGAGAAUUUUCAGAUUGCAUGGAUUUUGGAAAUGGCACUUCUUCCCCGCUUCUUCAUGUGGUCAAUCCAACAUUUGAUUAUGUGCCACCAAAACUCGUUAAUCUUUUCAUUACUGACACAGGAGGGCACAAUCCAUCAUAUAUGUAUCGGCUCAUCGCAGAUUAUUACUCUGCUGAUGAUUUGGUGGUCCAACGAAGACCUACAGGGAGUUGAGUUGAGCUCCCACUAUUUUUGUCAUAUGUUGGGUAAUUAAGAAACGUAGCGUGAUAAGCAGUGGGCUAGGAGAAGGUAGAGCAUAUCGUAAUGCUGGAAGAUACUAGGAAAGUUGCAAUUGAGAUGUAGUGGAAUGAGAAGGAAUAUGCCAUAAAAAUCAAUAAAAAAAAAAAAAAAAAGAAGAAGAAACGAAUAGAGCCUUUUUUUCCUGGUCUUGGAGUUGUACGGAGGGAAACAGCUCUCCACCAAUAGAAGAUAAUUUGUUACUGUGAGUUGGCAAGAGUCUCUGUGCUGUAUUUUGUAGCUAAGCUAUGGACAGUCACCAAUCACCAUUGUCGUUUUGGCCAUGUUGCAUUUCUCACACAAGGCUUUAGAUAUUUCUUAAGCAGUGUUCUUGGUUUCCAACCUUCUUAAGGUAGGAGUUUUGGGUAAUAUACAGCUUAGUGAAAUAUUUACAAAUGUGAUGUGGAUCUUCACUGUUCAGGAAUGCUUUCGCUGUCGUAAAUCUUCAAUAUUUUUGAACUACAGUUACUCAUAAUAGCAGUUGUAAAUUGUUACUACUA